AUGAAGGUGGUGGCAGAGGAGGAUUGUGAGGCUUACAGACUGGUGUAUGUUGUGCGGCGAGAGAAGUUGUUAGGAAUAGGUUUGCGGAAUUUGGAUUGUGAUGGUGGAUACGUGAUGUGGUGUUGUGGGUAUGCUAGCGGAAAUAAGAAGAGGGGGUAUCUAGCGGAUGUGGGUUACUAUGAAAGGAGGGAAUUUGGUGUUGGAAGGGAGGAAAAUUUAAGGGAAGAUGAUGAGAAUAGGUUCAAGAUAGUUAUGAUUUCUGUGUGUGGUGUCUUUUUCUAUUUGGCUUAUUUGUGUGUAUACAGUGAUGGAAAAAUGAUGACACUUGUUGUUAUAUGA